AUGUCGUCAGCGCCACCCACUGCCGCCAAUAUGGGCUCAGACCUCAAGACAUCCGAAAAACCGAAAGUGAAGCCCUGCUGCGUCUGUACCGACCAGAAAGCGAAGCGCGACGAAUGCAUGCUGUUCUCCACCUCAAACGACGCGCAAAAGGAAUGCGCCAACCUCGUCGACGACUACAGGCGAUGCAUGGCCGGUUAUGGCUUCAAGAUAUAA